GACGAGCAAACCUUAUAUUAUACAAACAAUCGCCGAACGUACACGAACAACUAACACAGUGAUCCAUCUAGUUGUCGUCGGGCGUCAUGACAACGGCCGCCGAUGUCGCGCUGUCGCUAGUGUCGCGCGGGAAUGGCAGUGUACCCUUUGUUAUAGAGGGGACUACCGCAGCGUGAGGGCGGUGUAGUGGGUUACUAGUGGGCGUCGUUGGUGCGCGCGUCGCUGCAGUCACACCUGUGCUGGUGUGACAAUUACAGGUGUGACAAUUACAGGUGAUGUGAGAUGACGGGUGAUACGCUGCGAUCGUCGCCGGCGGCCGCGGAUGCGCCGUCGCUGUCGUCCCGAUUAAAGCGGACGACGCGGGAGUGGGCGCGCAAUACGACCUUACACGGAGUAAAGCACGCGGCCGACAGCGACAACAUCAUCCUCAGAAUUAUAUGGACGCUAUCCAUAGUUGGCUGCUGGAGCUUUCUCAUAUGGCUGAUGCAUGUGCGGGUGAGCACGUGGCUCUCAUCGCCCUAUAUAAGCAUCAUCAACUACGAAUACGAAAAGGAAGGUAUAGAGUUCCCCGCCGUUACCAUCUGUAACAACAACAAGCUGAAUAAAACCAAGAUGGAGAAGUUCUACCCGGACGUCGCUAAAAUCGGAAUGGUGCGACUUCACCGAUUUUCUAUAUUUCGCUAUAUAUCGGCUAUUAAUUUCGUGUGUGGUUUUUAUUCAAGAAAUUUGGCGAUUUAUUACUGCGUGAUUGGUUGGUGAAAGAGUAGACCUAUAAGUGUAUAUAUUCUAGUGUAGAUAAUAGUGAUAGAGAUAUGUGUAACCCGUCUUAUUUUAUUGCGGAAUGUUACGUAGGCACAAGGAAUUAAUUCUGUAACGAAUCAUCAACACCUCAGAACAUAAAUGUGUACAUCACUAUUUCACACCCGCACGCACAUA